UGGGAGGCGUUGGUGCGAGGGCCAGGCUGAGGGUCUGCAGGAGUGGCUGCUCGGGAGAAUUCAUUACUCUCUGCUUGCUCUGAUUUUAGAUCGGCAGUGCGUGCCGGGCGGUGGUGCAGAAAGAGCCCGAGAGAGGGCGAGGCGACAGGGAAAGAGCAGUUCACCCGCCAGAGAAGUCUGGGCGCUUUGACAUGUUCUCUGGAUGUCAGCUGAGUUAUUUACGUAACUCUGCAUGUCAAUAGACAGUCCUUGGUAGACCUCCAAGGUUCCUGGAGACUCCUAUCUCUCUUCUUUUUUUUUUUUUUUUUGGUGUCCUCACUGAACAUUCAAAACUGUUUCUCCAAAGGGUUUUGCAAAAACUCAGACUGUUUUCCAAAGCAGAAGCACUGGAGUCCACGGCAGAAGCGAUGGGCAGUGUGCGAACCAACCGCUACAGCAUUGUCUCUUCAGAAGAAGACGGCAUGAAGUUGGCCACCAUGGCAGUGGCAAAUGGCUUUGGGAACGGGAAGAGUAAAGUCCACACUCGACAGCAGUGCAGGAGCCGCUUUGUGAAGAAAGACGGCCACUGUAAUGUUCAGUUCAUCAACGUCGGGGAGAAGGGCCAACGGUACUUGGCAGACAUCUUUACCACGUGUGUGGACAUCCGCUGGCGGUGGAUGCUGGUUAUCUUCUGUCUGGCUUUUGUUCUCUCGUGGCUGUUUUUUGGCUGUGUGUUUUGGUUGAUCGCUCUGCUCCAUGGGGAUCUGGAUGCAUCUAAGGAGAGCAAAGCUUGCGUGUCUGAGGUCAACAGCUUCACCGCUGCCUUCCUCUUCUCCAUUGAGACCCAGACGACAAUCGGCUAUGGCUUCAGGUGUGUCACUGAUGAAUGCCCAAUUGCCGUUUUCAUGGUGGUAUUCCAGUCGAUUGUGGGCUGCAUCAUCGAUGCCUUCAUCAUCGGCGCCGUCAUGGCGAAGAUGGCAAAGCCCAAGAAGAGAAAUGAGACUCUUGUCUUCAGUCAUAAUGCUGUGAUUGCCAUGAGAGACGGCAAGCUGUGCUUGAUGUGGCGAGUGGGCAAUCUUCGGAAGAGCCACUUGGUGGAAGCUCAUGUUCGAGCACAGCUCCUCAAAUCCAGAAUUACUUCGGAAGGGGAGUACAUCCCAUUGGAUCAGAUAGACAUCAAUGUUGGGUUUGACAGUGGAAUUGACCGUAUAUUUCUUGUGUCCCCCAUCACAAUAGUUCAUGAAAUUGAUGAAGACAGUCCUUUAUAUGAUUUGAGUAAACAGGAUAUUGACAAUGCAGACUUUGAAAUUGUUGUAAUACUGGAAGGCAUGGUGGAAGCCACUGCCAUGACAACACAGUGUCGUAGCUCUUACCUGGCAAAUGAGAUCCUUUGGGGCCAUCGCUAUGAGCCAGUACUCUUUGAAGAGAAGCACUACUACAAAGUGGACUAUUCAAGGUUCCAUAAAACUUACGAAGUACCCAACACUCCCCUUUGUAGUGCCAGAGACUUAGCGGAAAAGAAAUAUAUUCUCUCAAAUGCAAAUUCAUUUUGCUAUGAAAAUGAAGUUGCCCUCACAAGCAAAGAAGAAGAUGAUAGUGAAAAUGGACUCCCAGAAAGCACUAGUACAGACACCCCCCCUGAUAUGGACCUUCACAACCAGGCAAGUGUACCUCUAGAGCCCAGGCCCUUACGGCGAGAAUCAGAGAUAUGACUGACUGACUCCUUCUCUGGAAUAUUUACUUUAAAACACAGUCUGUUGGUCAAAGGCCUAAAGCAAUUACACAGACGACGGUACCAGUGACAAGGUGGGUCAAGGCAAGCGGCCACAGGGAC